UGCAAGCGCUUGUAUAAGGGAAUAAUUAGUCUCACAUCACUGAGUUACAAUAUUUUACUUAAUGGCAAUUAGUUUGUUUAUGCUUUGAAAUUAUUUUUCUGCCUUAACUAUGCAUCAAAUGCAUGCGUAAACUGUGGCUUUUUCUUCUAAUUUCUUGUGUUUUUGCGGUGAGAAACGUCUUACGUUUUUUGGGGAAAAAUUAUAUUUACAGCAACUUAAGUUUACGUUAGACAGACUGUAAAAACCGUGACAGGAGGGACAAUUAAAACACUUCAGCAUCUAUCAGUUGAAACGCGUGGGGACUGACGAAAAUUAAUAUGGAGUUUGGGAGAAUAAAAUUUGUCGUAAAACGGCAGAAACGGUCAGAUUUUUGUAUACAGAAUUAUGUAUAUGUGUUAAUUAUAAUCAGUUAUUUUAUUCACGUUGCUGAUGGUUUCAAAGACUACCAUACAUGCUUGGAUGUUAAAAAAGACUUGGGUAGCAAGGCGGCGGAUGGCGAAUAUAUUCUGUAUUUACCUUCUUUAAAAACUGUCGGAAUUACUGUUUAUUGUCACAAUCUCCAAUCUCCAGAUCUUGGUCCACAGUCCUACAUCACUCUUCGUUCUGGACGAAGUUCGAAUUUUGCCUCGUUUUAUGAAAAUGUUGGUGUAAAAGAUUAUUGUGCUGACGCGUAUCCAAGGCAAGCGUACUCAGCCGGAGGCAGGACAGAAUUCACUAAGAUAGCUGUCAAUAUGUAUGGUUUAAACAUUGAUCCGGGUGAUUUUACGUUUGCUAACCAUUCCAGUGUAAACAAGAUAAGAUAUGGGUCAGCGGGAGAUAACUGGACAAGUUCAGAUUCUUGUUUUCCAAUGGGGGCUUUCCAAGUUGAUCUUACUGGCACACCGUUUACUGUGGUUUCAAACUCUGUAUGGGAAUGGGCGGGACGGCACGUGCGCGGGAAUCUCACCUCGGGACACGCUCGCAUUGACAAUCAUACGUACAUUGGAUGUUUUGUUGACAAGCGUGAUCGUCUGCUGCCGGGAGGCCGAGCAGAUAAUUCUAGAAACCAAACCGUACAGAACUGUAUACGGCAUUGCAAAGGUCUGAAUUAUGCAUAUGCAGGCGUCGAGUAUGGUGUUGAAUGUCAUUGCGGUAACGAUUACGGAAGGUACGGUACACGGCCGGUAUCGGAGAACAACUGUAACAAAAAAUGUAGCGGAAACCCGCAUCAGAUAUGCGGAGGAACUUGGUUCGUAAGCGUGUAUUCUACAGCUAUUCCACAAAGGAUAACGGGACACUGUGGAGGUUUUCCAGGCCAGUGUUACCCAGCUACAACCGACAUCUUUAAACAAGAAAACUUACAAGUGGAUCUGAUGCAUAAUCAACACAUUUGUGUCAAAAGUAACCCUUGCCAGAACGAAGGACGGUGUUUAGCUGUAGACGCAGAUAAGUUCAAAUGUUUAUGCUAUAAAGGAUACUCUGGGACAAAUUGCGAAAUUGUGAAAUCGGAAAUUAUUGACGACGGUCGAACAUGUCCCGCCGGCUACCAAGCGGAAACAUGCAUGUGUUACGAGCCUAAAUGUAACGGUGCCAAGUUUGAGGGUGAUACAUGUGUAACAUCUACUGGACAUUCACAAGUGAUAUGCCGUCCCGGAGAUCCCGGUCACGUGAUAUUAUUCAAUGUGGACAAUUUAGGAACAGUUCGGUGUCCGGUGGGGGCUGUAGCGGUCGGCUGUAGUUACUGGACAACGUACGCUGCAGGAGUAGUACACGGUCAGAGUUUAAUGGACGGCGGCAUAUGUGGUAUAUCCAACAAUACCGUAUGGGUUCAAGCAAGAUGUAAACAGUAUAUGUGUGGAUGCAAGAACGGCGGGCAUUGUAACAAGGUGACUGGAGAAUGCGAGUGUCCACCUUCGUACUACGGAGCCAAGUGUGAAACCUUUGACUACUGUUCCUAUUACGAGGAUGUACAUAAUCACACAGCUUGUGAUGUUGGGGGUGUAUGUACCCCUAUGUAUAAAGAAGUUAUGAACACGAUCGGUGGGGAUAAAGCCGGGGACACGUGCAUUUUCCCGUUUGACUAUGGAAACUAUACUUUCAACACAUGCGUCGAGGACAACAGUGUCGGGCCUCCGUUUGCCUGUGCAGGGGAAUUUGCUUUGUCGGAAAACUUCAAAAGCGGACCAACAUACAUUGACUUGGGACCUUGGAGCCCGGGUCCUCGGUAUACGGUAGCUGCGUGGGUCAGGCCGGAUCAUAUUGAUACAAUGAGGCAGACUAUUGUUGGUGGAGCAUCCGACUGCAAUGAUUUCGGUUUCAACUUCAAUUCAGGGACAUUCAGGGGAUAUCUCAAGUUAUCAAAGGAAUGUACACGUGACUUGGAUGCUGGAAAACCAUUGGCAACAAUCGGCACGUGGUACAUGGUCGCUGUCACCAGCAAUGCUUCUCAUGCAAAAAUAUAUCUGAAUGGGCAAUUUAAAGAAAUUAAUACGGUGUUGUUGAACCAUAUACCUACUACUGCUGGGUUCUGGAUUGGUUCGGCUGUCUGUUGUCCCGCCGACUAUUUCCGAGGAAUGAUUAAGAAUGUCAAAGUAUGGAAUCGAGAACUAACGAAUGAAGAAAUAAACCGUUCCAUGUACAACAUUGGUACACAAAACUCAACGACUGAAGCCCUGAAUGACGGUUUAGUUGGCCACUGGGAGCUGGGUGACACAACCCUGCCAGCGUGUUCAGGAGGUCUAGAAGUGGAUCACGGUGGAGACGACUGGAUCUUAAAAGACACGGAGAUUAUCAGUGGUAUCCACUGUAAUGUAAGCCGGUUCGUUAUACCAAAAGGUGUCACUGUCCUAGUGUCACGGUACAACGGUUCUACCGGAGGAGUGUUUGACGUGACAGCACAGGAAGUUCAAAUUGAUGGUUAUUUAGACGCGGUAGGUGCCGGAUUCAGAGGUGCAGCAACUUCAAAUGUGUCGGGUAUUGGUGGAACGCAAGGCGAGACUUACAGCGGUGCCGGCAAGAUAUCCAUUCAGCAGAAUAAUGGUGGUGGCGGUGGAGGUUCCGGGGGAAACACGUUAAAAGAUGGCACGGGACGAUCAGGAGGGGGAGGGGGAUAUGGAAGUGCUGGAUUCGGGGGCAUCAAAGUUGUAGGAGACAGGAUUGGUCUUGGAUCAGGUGGACGUAUGUAUGGAGAUACAGAUCUUAACACACUGUACAGGGGCUCUGGUGGAGGCAGUGGCGGAAAUGCAAAAGACCUUACUACAAAUCCACCUGGCGGACACGGUGGCAACGGGGGUGGAGCUGUGAAAAUUAUUGCCGAGAGAUCGAUUGUCAUCACCGGUGUGAUUUCAGUAGCAGGGGAAAAUGGACAAGGUGACAUACCUGCCGGAAGUGGAUGUAUGGGAUGUCCAGAUUCCUGCGAUUUGAAGAGCCCUGUCCGUUGCCUUGGUAAUAGUACUACUGCUUGCUGGGAUAUGUCAGGACCCGGGGGUGGAGGUAGCGGAGGUAGCAUAUACCUGUCUGCCAAACUUGUUGACAUUGGUUAUCAGAAGUUAUGGGCGAUGGGCGGUGAUGGAGGAACCGGUGGCAGCCAUUGCUGUGGUGGUAUGGGUGGGAUGGGGCGUAUCAGAAUCGACUCCCUUAUUUUGAAGGGGAUUGUGGGCGAUAACCACGGUGUCGUUAAGACAUCGACAUUGCAGGAUCAAUUUGUGGAUCACAGUCAGUCUGGACAGAAGCAGAUUGAUUACAGAAACACGGUAUAUGGGAACGAAGUAUUCCGAGGGUGUUUCCGCGAUGUUCCGACCAACCGUACUCUAGCUUUUGCCAUACCUAGCACAUCUGUCACCAGAUCUAAAAUGACGCCGGACUAUUGUAAACAACUCUGCAGGCAAAGAAACUAUAAAUAUUCUGGUACAGAGGGAACCAAUCAAUGUUACUGUGACAACCAUUUAGAUAUGAGUAAAAAAGUUCAUGAUAGUGAAUGUGGAUUAGCCUGUCAGGGUAAUCCAUUGUGGACUUGUGGUGGCACUAACAGGUUACAAGUAUUUGGUCCUCCGCCGGGAGCACCAGCUGUUGGACACAAUGUUUUAUCAAAAUGUCUGCCGUGGUGUGUUACCGCCGACGCUGGUACUGACAAUCCUAAAUGGGGACAGUGCAUCAACAAGCCACCUAGUGUGACAAGCUGGGAUGUGAAGUGUGAAUGUAGUCCAGGAAAAACUGGACCAAAUUGUGAUCAGCAAUGUCCAGCGUGGACUUAUGGGACAUCUUGCAGGAGAAACUGCACGUGUAACCAGAGCAACACUGCCAUGUGUGACCCAAGUAACGGUGUAUGCGCAUGCAAACCAGGUUUCCAGGGAAACAGUUGCCAAAACAAAUGCCCGGAUGGUUACUAUGGAGAAGGCUGUACUCAUGCAUGUAAUUGUUCAAGUAACUCUAUUUGCGACCCAGCGACAGGAAAUUGUGUGUGUAAGCAAGGUUGGAUGGGGCCGCAUUGUAAUUUCCCAUGUCCGAAGAAUACAUUUGGCGUUAACUGUUCACAAACGUGUACUUCUAGAUGUAACCAUGGAACAUGUAACCCUGUGGAUGGCACAUGUCAGUGCUAUCCUGGAUACGAACUUCCGUUUUGCGCCCAGCAGUGUGACCCUUACAAUUACGGUCAGGAUUGCUUACAGCGCUGUGACUGCACGGGCCAAAAAUGUGACCCAAUAUCAGGGCGUUGUCACUGUGAUGACGGGUACCAGGGGACAAAAUGUGACAUGGAGUGUCCAUUCGGAACGUAUGGAACAAACUGUGCCUCGAAAUGUGAUUGUAAAAAUGGCGCUGGUUGUGAUCACGUGACGGGAGAAUGUCACUGUGCACCUGGAUUCAUGAGGGAGAAAUGCGAAGCGGCGUGUUCCGCUGGGCAAUUUGGUGAUCAUUGUGCCUACACGUGCGCGUGCAAUGCCAGUCAGACAGCUGCAUGUGACGGUGCCACAGGAAAGUGCGCGUGUAAACCAGGCUAUUAUGGGAGCAAGUGUGGACUCCAGUGUGGCAGAGGUUAUUACGGACCUCAAUGCUCACUGAAAUGUGCUUGCAGAAAUGGUGCAACAUGUGACCCUGUCACUGGGCAAUGCAGUUGUGCACCGGGCUUUGUUGGGAACCAAUGCGAGACACCUUGCCAACCUGGUCACUAUGGCAACAAGUGUCUAUUGUCGUGUGACAUUAGCUGCAACAGGCAGUGUAAUAUUGUAGACGGCUCUUGCACUUGUUCAAGCGGUCUUGUCUGUCCCUGUCCAGUAAAUACCGCCGGCAAAACUACUAAGUGCAACAAAACUUGUUCAUGCGUUAAUGGUCAGUGUCAGCCGGACAGUGCCACGUGCAAAUGUUAUUCGGGAUGGAAAGGAACUGCAUGUGAUAUACCCUGUGAUAAAGGCACGUAUGGUCAAGUUUGUGGCAGGACAUGUAAUUGCGUUCAUGGAAGUUGUGACCAAGCAACCGGAAGUUGUAUCUGUGACAGCGGAUACAGCGGCCCCAAGUGUGAUAUACCUUGUAAGAAUAGCACAUUUGGUGCCGGCUGUAAGUUUCAUUGCCCAGAUUGCGGGUCGUUUUCAUUGCCUGGUUGUGAUGUUGGCACGGGAGCUUGUAAGUGUAGGGCAGGAUACUUUGGUCCAAAAUGCUAUAGGCCAUGCCCUCCGGGAACAUACGGACUUAACUGCUCUAACACGUGCAGCUGUCAGAAUGGUCAUUGUGAUCACGUGACUGGAACAUGUUUGUGUAAUGCCGGGUAUCAAGGAAAUCGGUGUCAAAAUACCUGUCCUGCUGGUCGUUAUGGUUUGAAUUGUUCAAAGACUUGCGACUGUGGCCCGCAUGGCAGUAGUUGUUCUCCAGUUGAGGGCCUUUGUGUGUGUAAACCUGGAUUUACUGGAGUGAAAUGCCGACAUAGUUGUCCAGUUGGUUUCUUUGGACAAAACUGCACACAGAGUUGCACAUGUGAUCUCAUGGCCGGUAUAUGUAGUCCUGUCGAUGGCACGUGUUUGUGUAACUCGGGAUACUAUGGGAAGUACUGCGACGCAGUUUGCGGGCCAGGCUUUUGGGGCAAAGGGUGUGCGCAACAGUGUGAGUGUAAUGGCCGUGGUACAUGUAAUCCUUUCAACGGACAGUGUGAUUGUGUUGCCGGCUAUAAAGGGACUAGAUGCGAAACACAAUGUGAUCAGGAUAUCUACUGGGGAAAAAACUGUGCCAACCCUUGCUCUUGUAACGGUGCGCAUUGUGAUCAUAGGGACGGGACGUGCCGGUGUCCGCCGGGAAAAAUAGGUCACCAGUGCGAAAAAGGAUGUAACCUUGGCUAUUUCGGUUUCCAGUGCGCUCAGAUAUGUGGUUGUAAACAUGAUUCCAAAUGUGACCCUGUAACAGGAGCCUGCCGAUGCCAGCCAGGCUGGUCAGGGCAGUUCUGUGAUAAAGCAUGUCCCGAUGGUUACUAUGGGGUAGACUGUGCGGAUAUAUGCCCUGAUUGCUGGAAUGGUGGGUCAUGUGACACAUUUGCUGGCACCUGUGUAUGUAUGACGGGAUACACAGGACAGUAUUGCAAUACAUCUUUUCUUACCGGAAACCAGCAACCAGAAUCUCAGUCUCAAACACUAAAAGUUUCGUCAUCUGGAGUGCAGUUUACUGUCUCACAAUUUGUCGGAUUUAUGGCCGGGUUUGUUUUCCUGCUGAUUUUUGUGUCCGUAAUGGCUGUACUCGUUUCCCGCAGAUGUUCUGCAGGCCGAUUUGGAGGGACACAGGGCGUUGUCAAAUUUAAAGGCGAGGAACUGGAUAUAAAUAUUUCACCUGGUACCAGUAACGGGUCUGGUGGAGUUUCAAAUACAGGAUUUGUGAAUCCUGUUCAUGAAGCCGGCUUCAACGAGGUUGAAUUGGAUAGUAAAAGUGUGACAUCAGACGCCACGAGCGGCGUCGCUUCGGCAAUGGUUGAUUCCGAUGGUGAUGACGAUGACAACUUUUUCAAAGACAGCAAUGCGUAGUAACUGUCUUUAAAUAGUUUUGUUUGGAAAAAAAGUACUGGUCAUAUACUCAGUGAGAAUGGAUUUGUUAUAAUAUUACAAAUGAUGUCACGUUAUCUUUACAUUAUUGUCUUUACUUUAGACUAUGGCAUAGAACUUUGUACAUACCGCAGUGCAAUUACAAUGCAAAAGUGUAAUUAUUUAGUCACUCGCUUUUAUAAUUAAAACAAAACGUGUAGUAUUCGUUUAUUGCACGAUGUCCAGUUAUAUCUUAUGUUAUAAUACUAUGUUAUACAUGAAACUCCUAUGUAAAACAAAAUGUACUAUUGCUCAAUAAAUUGCCAAAUUAGGCGUAACUUA